AGCUUUUGCCCCUAAUUCACCCGCCCGCCUUGCCUGCCUGCCUUGGUGCUGCCUUGCCGGGCUCGAGACUCUGUCCGCCAGAGGUGCACAGCUGUGUUGACUUUGUCCUCCGCACAACCUUUGAGCAGGCGCCCGCGUCCGCCAUCGCGACUGCACCACCAACUCCGCAAACCAUAUCCCUCAGAGAUUGAGCGUGCGCGUCCAGACGGAGGAAUACAGUCCUCCCACACGCCAAGAUGUUCAUGCUCAAGAAUGUCGGCAAGCUCCUCUUCGGCGGCAGUGGCAAUCAGGAGUCCAUGAUCGAGCUGCCACAGGGCCAGCUCUACCUCGUCCGACCGCUCUCUCCCAAGGGCUACUCCGAGCUCAUCUUCAAAGACGCCACUGCCCGCAUCCGCCGAACUGCCCAGGAGUACCAAUACCAAUUAGUCGUCCAGCGAGUCUACGAGGAAGGCGAGGCCGAGCUUCUGGCUGAGGAGGAAGGCGAAGAUGCCGCGCUCGAUGCUCUUGCCGCCGCCGAGCGUGAUGAGAAGACGUUCCUUCUAGACGAGGCCCUGCACUUCCGCGUGGAGAGCAGGCCCGGCUCAGAAAAGGUCCUGGCAUGGAAGGACCUCAGCGGCGAUAUCGGCGACGUGUACGAGUUCGUCUGCGAGCCGUCCGUGCAGUCGAUGCAAGUCGAGGCCUUUGAGCGUAUCGCCAGGCAGUGCCAGUACGAACGCAAGUACCGCAAAGUGUACUCGACCGCAACCGAGGAGGACCUCAGGCAAUUCGUCUUUGACCACGAAGAUCCCAUCCCGCAAGCGAGCCCGAUCCACAGCCCGACCCUUGCGCGCUCGAUAGAAUCGUCCGACGCCAUGUUCCAGCUCAGAAAUGAAGCCAACACAAGUGCGAAGCGCGAGGCACCACUAGCGGCACCGGCUGUCGUAGUAGAGAAGCCUGAAGACGAAGCUGAGGAAGCCGAGGCGAAACAAGUUACAGCUCCCCGAGAUCAUGCGCCGCCCGCGACAGCAGCUGCGCAGCCCGAGCCACAAGAGAUCUUGAGCAUGGAGAUUGCCGAGCUCCACUUCUACGACUUUCCUUCGGGAUCAUUCGUGCUGCAGGACUCAUCUGUCACUGCCCAGGUUUCCGACCUUGGGAACUGGCAGUACUGGCUGCAGGUUGCGAGUAAGGACCGCGACUGGCUCGGCAUCCCCGUCAUUGCGGACAUCAAUCCCGUCUUCAACUUCGAGUUUCUCUCGUUCAUCUUCAACCAGUUUACCGAGGACGGUUCCGCAUACUCGUGGCUUCUGCGCUUCCGGGACCAGAAGACUCUGGAGAGAUUCCAAGAGGGUCUUAUGCGCGCGUUGUGGGAGCAGCUGAACGAGCAGAAGUGGCUCAAGGUGAAGGAGCAGGAGCGCGAGUACAUUCUUGAUGCUUUUGAGGAUCUCAAGAUGGACGACGCGCCUCCCAUCGAGGAGGAAGAGGAAGAGGAAGAGUAUGACGUUGAGGAGAACGAUGACGACGCGCAAAGGAGCGAACGUUACGACACAGACGAGGAAGAGGACGAUGUUGAGACACAACCCCGAGAUCCGAGCAACACAAACUCGCAGCUGGCCGUCGGCUACAAGUACGACCGCUCGUUUGUUGUUAGAGGGUCCAAGAUCGGUGUGUUCAAACACACUGCCAACAACAACCUCGAGUUUUCUACAAAUAUCUCCAAGGUUGAGACACCCGGUGGCAAGCUUUUCAGUCCCAAGAAGGUCAUGCUCCAUAACGAGGACAGGAAUAUGAUUCUUCAGAACGAGGCGGACCCCAACAAACUCUACCGCAUGGACCUGGAGCAUGGCAAGGUCGUCGAUGAGUGGAACGUCCAUGAUGACAUUCCCGUCGUCACGUUUGCUCCCGAUAAAAAAUUCGCCCAGAUGACCCACGAGCCGACCUUUUUGGGCAUAUCGCACAACUCGCUCUUCCGGGUCGACCCUAGACAAUCAGGCAACAAGAUGGUCGACUCGCAACUCAAGCAAUAUGCCUCCAAGAACGACUUCUCAGCCAUCUCAACCACGGAAAAGGGUUAUGUCGCGGUCGCGUCCAACAAGGGCGACAUUAGACUUUUUGACAGACUCGGCAUCAACGCCAAGACCAAUAUCCCCGCACUGGGUGAACCGAUUAUCGGCCUGGACGUCUCGGCUGACGGACGCUACGUGUUGGCCACAUGCCGAACUUAUCUCCUGCUCAUCGACGCUCUGCAGAAGACUGGCAAGAACGAGGGAAAGCUCGGUUUCGAGCGGUCGUUCCCUGCUGACGCAAAGCCGCAACCCCGGCGUCUCGCACUGACGCCAGAGCACGUUGCCCAGUUCGCUUACGAGACAGGCAAACCCAUCAGCUUCACGCCAGCUCGCUUCAACGCUGGCCAGUCCAAUGAGGAGACAUCCAUCAUUACUGCGACGGGCCCUUACAUUGUCGACUGGAACAUGAAGAAGGUGCUGCGCGGCGGAAAGGCACCGUAUGUCAUCAAGCGGUACACCGAGAACGUCAAGGCGGACGACUUCAAGUUCGGCACCGAUCAGAACGUCAUUGUCGCCCUGCCGAACGAAGUCAGCAUGGUCGGCAAGCAGAACCUCAAGCGUCCGACACGGGAGAGCAUUGCGGGCAACUUUCAGAGGCUGAGCACGCCCCGUCGGAGCUCGGGCAGGAUCGGGACCACGGAAAGCGGGCGAUACAAGCUUGGGAAGGACGAGGUGGUCAACUCCCCGUACUGAGGGGGGCACCCAGACAAGAGUGGAAGGCGAUGAUUCGGGUUGAGAACUUGGUUUCUGGGGGCGACUGUUGUUUCUUUUUCUUAGGCCAAAUUCGUAGGGUUAUUGGAUCGGUGGUUGUGGCGGCCUAGAUCCGAGCAGUUCCGCCGAGGGCGUUCUUUUGCUUUAUGAUACACACACUUUUUCACACUUUGCGCCACGGGCACAACGUUCCGUCGCACGCGUGAUCCUUGUUUCUUCCGUAUUUUGUCGCCUUGAAGCGCAAUGGAAUAUUUCGUACUUCAUGUCCUGACGAUGUUGAAUUGUGCCACUUGCGUCAGUUCAUAGCCGUAGAUAGCAAUUCAUGCACGAGCAGAUGCGCUGGAAAUAGAAUGUCGUCAACCCUCGAUCA